UUUCCUGCGCUCGGGGCGUCGCGCUUUGCGCUUCCUGGGUGACGCGGAUGCAGCUGCCGAGAGAACCGGGCCAGACCAGCGGUUCCUCCUGCCCCACUGGGACCAGUGCCAGCCUGCCUGGGCAGGCCUUUCCUGCAAGAAGCAAUCUCCCUCCUUGCGCCCAGCCAAGGCACCACAAAGAGCCAGAACCUGCUCUUCAGGUAGGCAACACUGAGAUGCCAGAAGCUUCCAGGGUAGGAGGUGUGUUUCACCAGAGAGCAGGGCCUCCUCCCUGAGAGAUCUACACGAGAACAUCAUGCAGGAGAACUACGAGACAUUAAUCUCUCUGGCAGAAGAGAUGGCCAUCAGCCUGCCUCGGAUCACUGCACUGGCUGAGUCCCACCGGAGAGGGUUGGCGUCAGGUAGUCAUAUGCACGAUUCUGUCUGCUUUGGCUGAAAGCAAGCAAGCAGACAACUGAAAUUCUGCACCACAUUAACGUAAUUAAUGCAACAAAUGAACCUUCAUUUUGCACUUUAAAUUCAGGAUUUCCACUAUCGAAACCUGACCUGCUCUCGUGGAUGGACCGAGGGGAAGAUCCAUGGGCUGCAGACCUUCAGGAGUCUGACCGAAGGGAGAUGCCAAGUGACCCCAACCCAGGUGAUGAGCUGAGAAGGAAGAAUGGGGCAGCUGUUCCUCAGCCUGAGACUCCCAGCGAGGCAGACCCACAGUCCAAGAUCUCCUUGGAGGGAAAUCCAGUCGAGGGAGAGAACCACUCGGGGAGAGCGAGGUGCCCAACAGCAGACGGAAAGGAGCAGCUGGGUCCACCCCUCCCACAAGUGGCAGGCAUUUCCAAACCCCUGUUGCCCUCUAGGAAACCACAAGGGGGCGGCAGAGGCCACCAGUGCACUGAGUGUGGCAAAAGCUUUAGCCAGAAGUCCAACCUCCUGAGGCAUCACAGGCUUCAUUUGGGCGAGAGGCCUCACAGGUGUGACGGGUGCGAGAAGAGCUUCUCCGAGGCAGAGGCGCUGGCCAAGCACCGCAAGUGUCACAUGGGGGACAAGCCUUACAAGUGUGGGGCCUGUGGGAAGAGCUUCAGCUGGACCUCGCACCUGGAGAGACACCGGAGGAUCCACACGGGGGAGAAGCCCUAUGAGUGCAAGGAGUGUGGGAAAGCGUUCAGUGUCGGGUCGCACCUGGAGAGGCACCGGAGGAUCCACACGGGAGAGAAACCCUAUCAGUGCAAAGAGUGUGGGAAGAGCUUCACCGUCAGCUCCACCCUGGUCCAGCACCAGAGGACACAUGCCAACGACAAGCCCUAUCAGUGCGAGGACUGCGGGAAGGGCUUCAACCUCAGCGCCAACCUUGUGGCUCACCAGAGGAAACACCUGGGCCAGAAGCCGUACGAAUGCCCCGACUGUGGGAAGACGUUCAGCUUCACUUCCCAUCUGGAGAGGCACCAGAGAAUCCACACAGGGGAGAGGCCCUACCAGUGCACGGACUGUGGGAAGAGUUUCAGCCGCAGUUCUCACCUCUAUCGGCACCAGAGAAUCCACACGGGAGAGAAGCCGCGCCAGUGCAUGGACUGCGGGAAAAACUUUUACCUCAGUGCGGCCACCCUCCAUAACCUCCAGACUUCCCUGACUGGGGGUAGGGAUCCCACAAAAUGCACAGAAUGUAGCCGUAAGAGGGCUGUCCCUGAGCCGCCGCCUCCACCCUCACCACCGGUUUGUAGUGAGAAGCCCUAUAAGUGCCCCGACUGCGGGAAAGGUUUUGGCCAGAGUUCAUCGCUGGUUAAGCACCAGAGAAUCCACACGGGAGAAAGGCCAUAUCAGUGCCUGGAGUGUGGGAAAAAGUUCAGCUGGUGCUCGGCUCUUAUCAAGCACAAGAGAAUCCACACGGGUGAGAAGCCCUACCGCUGUGAGGAGUGCGGCAAAGCCUUCAGCGUCGGCUCACACCUGGAGAGGCACCAGCGUGUGCACUCGCCCGACAGGCCCCAUAAGUGUGCCGAGUGCGGGAAGACCUAUGGGGAGCUGGCGUCGCUGAUCAAGCACCAGAAAUCCCAUGCAGCUGAGAGCAAGCGCUAUCGGUGCCCCGACUGUGGAAAAAGCUUCAGCUGGAGCUCCCACUUGGAAAGGCACCGGAGAAUCCACACGGGGGAGAAGCCUUAUGAAUGCAGCGACUGCGGGAAAAGCUUUAGCGUCAGCUCCCACCUGGACAGGCACCGGAGAAUCCACACAGGGGAGAAGCCCUACCGUUGCAACGAGUGUGGGAAGAGCUUUAGCGUCAGCUCCACGCUGCUUCAGCACCAGCGGACCCACUCCAGUGGGAAACCCCACAAGUGCAAGGAGUGUGGGAAGCGGUUUGUGGCCAGCGCUCAGCUGCUCACGCACCAGCGGACCCACCGGGGCGAGAAGCCCUAUGAGUGUACCGUCUGCGGCAAAAGCUUUGGCUUCGUCUCCCACCUGGAGAGGCACCGGAGGGUCCACACGGGCGAGAAGCCGUACCAGUGUCCCGAGUGCGGGAAAUGCUUCAGCCGCAGCUCCCACCGCAACCGCCACCAGCGCACCCACGUGGCCGACCGGCCCUCAAAGGGAGGGGCGCGGGGAGGAACUGAGGGGGGGAAAGGCAUCCCCUCUUCUUCCAGCGCCAAGCACCACAAGGAGCCGGUCUGUGCUCUUCCUGAGCCCCCGCUGUCACUCAUGCCCCCCUGGUGGAGCGAGGGAGACAGGAACAGCAACCCCCCAGCAGCUGCCAUGUGGCCCGAGGUCCCAACUCCUUUCCAAGGCCCCAUCCCCAAUGCCACCCCAGCUGGGGGGCUGCGAGGAUGGGGCAUGAAGGGGUUCUUGCCUCCAGACACGUGGAGAUUGGGGGAGAGCAGCUCUGGCUGGGCCUCCACCCUCACCCAGGAGGGCUGGCCACAGCCUCCUCCCACAUCGUGACUGGGUUUCGGACCUCAACUUCCAGAGCCAUUUGCUGAGGGAAGCAGUCCUCUCCCCUCCCCCUCUUUUCCACUGUCUUAAAAACUCCUGACCACAGACGGAUUCAGUCAUUCCCCCAAAGCACAUGGUAUAGUCCUGUCAGGAUGGUACUGCUUCAGCAUUUAGGGUGUAUAUGUAUGCAUGUUUAAAUGCAGCUUCACUUUUUAAAAAAAACACAAAAAACAGUCCCAAACUCUUGCAUGUAAAAAGGUAGCAUGUUGAGGAAAAGAAGGUAACGUUAAACUCCUUGCUUCCGAGGAGGCUUUUGUGUGCAAGGAUCUUUUCAUAUGGGAUUCACUUCAAGCUAUAACUCCCACUUCCCCUGCAUAAUCAGAGGAUACAGUUCCAAGUGGGCUGUACCAUGUGCUUUUCCUGAAUAUCAUAUUUACCUGAAUCGAAGACUAGGUGUCUCCCCCCCCCAGUUUAUUGGUGUUAGAUAUUGGGGGGUUGUCUUGAUUUCAGACUCCUAGUCGGAUAAAUAAGGUAUCUGAACUGGCUCUUAUCUCAGCUGCUGGGCACAGGUUUAGGAUUAGCAGGAUUGCAAUGCACUAAGCAGAGGGUAUAGAUCUUUUCCUACCCAGACAAGCACUGUUGGUGCUGGGAUUUAUUUUAUUUUAUUUUAUUUUUACAUUUAUAUCCCGCUCUUCCUCCAAGGAGCUCAGAGUGGGGUACUACAUACUUGAGUUUCUCCUCACAACAACCCUGUGAAGUAGGUUAGGCUGAGAGAGAGAAGUGACUGGCCCAGAGUCACCCAGCUAGUUUCAUGGCUGAAUGGGGAUUUGAACUCGGGUCUCCCCGGUCCUAGUCCAGCACUCUAACCACUACACCACGCUGGCUCUGGGAUAACCAAGGUGGAGCUGUCACUCAGUAGCAGAGCCCAUUCUGUGCCUGUAGGAAGGUCCCAGGUGCACGUCUUGGCAUCCGCAGGCAGCACCAAAGAGUGACUCAAUCAGGGCAUUGUGCUGAGAAACACUGGUUCACUCCAGAGGGCCUCUGGGGUUCACCUGCUCUUUGCAAGCUGAAAGAGAAGCAAGUGUGUGUGUGUGUAUAUGUGUGUGUGUGUUCAUCUCUAUCCCCUGUAAUCGCCACCUCCUUUCCCCUGCCUUAUGAAAAUUGCCAUUCCAGCAGAAAGUGCUCAUUGCAAUGUGCAGAGAAAGGGGAAAGCUUGGGAAGGGAUUGUGUGGGGAGGCUUUUGUUCAGGGCCCCACAAGAAUAGGGAACCAGCCCAGCUGCCACUUCCAGUGUAAGAUUAAGUUGCCGCCAGUCAGUCAGUUGCUCUGUGCUGAGGGCCCUUUGCCCUGAAUGGCGAUUCGAGGGGUCUUACUUACCUAUGGCUGGCAUAUAUAUACUGUCUGUCUUGUACUGAGUCAGUCUUUGGUCCAUCUAGCUCCAAACUGUCUGCUUUGACUGGCAACAGCUCACGAAGGCCUCAGACAGAGACUUCCCUAGCACUGCUAUCCAAGAUCCUUUUAACUGGAGACACUGGGCAAUAGAUUCAUGACACAAUUACAAAGCUAGGAACUUGCUUUGUUUCCUUUAAAGAGGAAAUCUGAAUCUGGUACCCAAUACCAUACAUGCAUGGUGCAGUCGUGGAAUAUUCAUGGACUUGCUGUGCCCCAUCACCAUGGUAUUAGAGCCCCUGGUGGCGCAGUGGUAAAACUGCUGCCCUGUAACCAGAAGGUUACAAGUUCGAUCCUGACCAGGGGCUCAAGGUUGACUCAGCCUUCCAUCCUUCCGAGGUCGGUAAAAUGAGUACCCAGAAUGUUGGGGGCAAUAUGCUAAAUCAUUGUAAACCGCUUAGAGAGCUCCGGCUAUAAAGCGGUAUAUAAAUGUAAGUGCUAUUGCUAUUGCUAUUGCUAUUAUGCUUUUCCAAUUCACACUCAAUAAUAAUUCUCAUUCACCCUUAAUAUUAAUUCUCAAUAUAAGCAGGAAUGCUGCUAUUCUGUAAAGUACUUUGCAGACCUUUAUGUAUGUAUGCUUUUAUACAUUUAUUUAUAAAUGUAUUUAUAUUAUAUAUUUAUUAACUGAGCCCCUGGUGGCGCAGUGGUAAAACUGCCGCCCUGUAACCAGAAGGUUACAAGUUUGAUCCUGACCAGGGGCUCAAGGUUGACUCAGCCUUCCAUCCUUCUGAGGUCGGUAAAAUGAGUACCCAGAAUGUUGGGGGGCAAUAUGCUAAAUCAUUGUAAACCGCUUAGAGAGCUUCGGCUAUAGAGCGGUAUAUAAAUGUAAGUGCUAUUGCUAUUGCUAUUAUUUAUAAAAAUUUAUAUUAUACAUUUAAUUUAUUUAAAAAUAUCUAUCUAUUUAUUUAUUUAUUUAUACAUUUAUAGCUGCUCUUUCCCCAAGGAGCUCAGAGUUACAUUUCUUCUCACAACAACCCUGUGAGGUAUGUUAGGCUGAGAAAUAAUAAUUGGCUCAGAGUCACCCAGUGAGAAAUUCAUGGCUGAAUGGGGAUUUGAACUCAGGUCUCCCUGGUCCAACACUCUAAUCACUACACCACCCUGGCUCUUCAGUGUGCAUUACUGUAUUUACAGAACUCAGACUGAGAAAGAGUUACCUGCCCAAAGACCACAGGAAGAGGUGAACUUGGAUCGAAGACUCUGGCUCCAACCCCAGCUCUGAAACAGGAGAAUACAAGGUCUCUAUAUCGGGGUCCCUAGAUGCUGUCGAACUACAACUCCCAUCCUCUUCAGCCACAAUGGCCAAAGGCUGGGGAGGAUGGAGUUGUAGUCCAGCAACGUCUGGGGACCCAAGGCUGAGAAUCCCUGGUCUAUAUAACUAGUGUUAGGAUUACAGUACUCUGGGGCCUUGGUAGAAUGGCAGCCCUAUUUAUUAACAUCUUCCUAUUGCUUUUAACCUCCCCACACUAGAUGCUGGCUCACAAAGUAGCCUCUUGGACCCCAGCUGAGAAGGUUGACAGGUGUCCAGAUUACUUUUUAAAAUGCAAUAUAUAAUUUUUAAAAAGGAUCUUGGGUAGCUGAACUCGGAAAUAUCUGUGCUUGGUCCCAUAGACUGCUGCUGCCUUUCAGAUAGGGAGAGAUUUGAUGGUCCAGCAGGAUAUUAUGUGAUACGCUAUGACUUCUCAGUAAGCAGCCACAUCUCAGCUUCUGUCCAGGUCACAUCUAAAACUCAUCUUCCGCAAGCAGCCACAUCCCACUAGUUCAAAGCCCUUAAAAAGAAGGCAGGCAGCCCAUGGUCUUUACAAAUGUGAAGGAAGCAAAUCCAUGUUUUUCACCCCCCAAAGGAAAGAAGGGCUACAUGGCAUAGAUCAGGGCUGCUCAACUUCGGUCCUGCUGCAGACAUUGGCCUACAACUCCCACAAUCCCUGGCUAUUGGCCACUGUGGCUGGGGAUUAUGGGAGUUGAAGGCCAGAAACAGCUGGCGGGGGGGGCGUGGCGCGGGCUAAGUUGCGUGUACCAGGCCUGGCAUAGAUCAUGUGGCUGCAUUCACAGAAAACUUUGGCAAGCAUGCAGAAAACAUUGGCACUCAAUCAACAGAAGUUGAACAAUGGAGGGAGGGAGAGAUCGCAAGCAGGGGCACAGCUAUGAUUAAAGGGAGGGAAGAUGUCCCUGGGCCCCUGAGGGCAGGGGGCCAAUCAGCUGAGCAACAGCUUGCUCUUCGCUCUCCCCCUUCCCUUUUUGUCCUAGGGACCACUCCAACCUUGCUAUGCCCCUGAUCACAAGGUGCGCGCUCUCUCUCUCUCUGCCUUUCUUUUUAGCAGAUGUGGACAUGUGUGUGCUGCAUGUCCUGUCUUUGGCUGAACCAAGAUGACUUCCCACCUGCAGCUCCCAAGAGAUGUGCUCAACGGUCCAAGCUAGGGCUACCCCAUACACCACCCCCACAACUUCACCAUGCUCUUUGCAGUCGGCAAAACUGGGGGAGGGGAUACUGGCUGUUUUCAUGGGAGGGCAGAAGGGGGCAGCUUGCUGGUGCAGCAGCGGUGUGCCCUCCUCCUGGCCCUUACCAUUUCCCAGAAGGCCCCCCUCAGAGCAGCACAACCUGAUUUCAUGCCUUUGAGGGUGGACGCCAGGUAGGGCACUGCCACUGCAAAACUAGUGACUGGCAGCAGCAAAUAAGGGGGAGGCCAUCCGGGGGAGAAAGGCUGGUCUCACAGACUGGCAGGCUGACUAAGUGAGCACCAUUUCUCUCAUUGCAUUCCUCCAAUGCUCGUCUGUAUGCCAGCCAGAGCCUGUGGCUCGUGGUGAAGCAGCCACACCCCUCAAUCCAGGGUGGCAACUCAAUGGUCUCUGUAUAGGCAUGCUCUGAGUUUUGCGAGGGUGAUCUAAAAACCCAGGCAAGUUCCUAUCAGUCUUCCUUUCAAGUCUUCCUUCAGAUACUCUAGGCCCAGACCAUGUAAAUUAAAGGUUAUUGGCAAGACCAGGGACAGAGCCAUCAUUGAGCAAACAGGUUCAAAGAACCCAGGCCACCAAUGAAAAGGGCCAUGGGAGCUGCUGUUGCGCGUCACACACAAAGGGGGCAUGGCCUAGUUUCCCAAAGGCCCGACCCAGUCCUCCCCCUCUUAAUUUCCAGGCAGUGCUUGCUGCCUGACAGCAUUUAUUUCCCUUCCUCUCCCUACAGCGAGGAAGGGAAAUAAAUGCUUUCAGGCAGCAAAUGCUGCCUGAAAUGAGAUGGGGAGAGCUUGCCUGGGACUCUCCAGAGCCCGAGCCAUGCCCCCGUGCACGUGACAUCACACACACAGGGUGUCACUGGUGGGGCCGCUUGGCAGGCCGAACACAGGCCACAGUUUGGCUGAACACUGCUCCUCACACCUCUAGACUCGAGGGGCCGUAACUCAGGGGCAGAGCAUGCAGGAGAACCCAAGUUCAUUCCCUGGUAUCUCCAGGACGGCCUGGGAAUGACUCCAGAGUCAAACCCAGAAGAACUCUUGCCAAUCAGUGGAUAUGAUCUUGACCUAGAUGGACCAAUAGUCUGACUUCAGAUGUAUAUGGGGCUGUAUAAGGCAACUUCAUGUGUUCAUAAGCUGGGAAAAGCUGCCCUUGUUGGUUUUCUGUCUGUCAUUUAGUACUUAAUGGCACAAACCUUCUCUCCCUGGGAAAACGUCAACCAAACCUUUGCUGUGCUGGGGGUGGGGGACAGCUGGCACCAAGAAAAUGCAAAGUCUACAUGCAAAUUAUGCUAUUGAUAGCAUUUGCAGAAAGGUGGCUGUAAUCCUGUGCACACUUACAUCAGAGUAAGCUCAUUUGAACUCAGUGGCUGACAGGAUGAGGAAAAUUGCUCAGAGUAGUCCCACUGAAAUUAAAAGCUCAAGUUAGGCAAUUAAAAGGGAAAAAACCAACUAUUCGGGCAAUGCCUACAAAGUAAUUUUCCUCAUCAUGUCAGCCAGUAGGAUUUACUGCUGACUAAUAAUGCAAAUCAGACUGGGUUACAGAAUUGCAAUCCUAUACACACUUACUUGGGCUUAAACUCUAUUUAGUUCAGGAGGACUUCAGAACAUGCAAAAAGAUCAGGCUGCAGCUGUAUGCAAAUGGGUGCGUGUGCUCCCAUAUCUUGCUUAACGUGUUCCAUUUGCAUGUUUUGUUUUGAAUUUGGUAUUUGCAGUUUAUCAGGAUGCAACAUUUGGGGACAAAAGCUCAUGUGGAACCAGGAGGAAUGGUAUAGGCAAGUCAGAGACAUUUGGGGUUAUAUAGCUAACACUUAGCUAUGGGGGGGAUAGAGAAGGGCCAUAGCUCAGUGGUAGAGCAUCUGCUUUGCAGGCUGAAGGUUCGGUCCCUGGCAUCUCCAGGUAGGAGUGGGAAAGACUCCCUGCCUGAAACCUUGGAGAAGCUGCUGCCACUUAGUGCAGAUGAUAUUGAACUAAACGGACCGACAGCCUGACUCAACAGAAGGCAGCUUCCUGUGCUCCUAUAUAACACAACCAGAGGCCCUAAGGAUGAAACUGGUAGUCAUACCGGCCAUAGAAGUGAUACACGCCCCUGAACAUGUAACCCUUUCAUAGACAUUUCUGUUUUAAAAAAUAUUACGAUGUUUUAAAAAUAUAACAAUGAGCACUAGAAACUAAAACACACACAAAAGAUAACUCAAGAGCCCACACAAUCUGCCCUGAGAAGCGGAUUUUUCAUGGGAUAUAUCAGCUACAUUCUAUCACAUGCCAGUUGAAUAGCUCAGUGGUAGAGAAUCAAUGCUGCAUGCCCAAACUCCCAGAUUCAAUUGCUGCCAUUGCCUUUGUCUAACACCUAGCUGGAAAGCCACUGCCAGUUAUCACAGAGUACUUUAUCUGGGAUAUUAUUUGGGUUCAAGGCUCACCUCUGCUGCAGAAUGACUGAGUCAUCUUGGGUCAGUAUAACCUGCUGGAUAGGAUGGGCCUCACUUUUACUCUUCUCAUCCCUUCCUUCCUGCUUCCCCAAAUCCCCAAUUCCAGCCACGAUGCUGAACAGUUUAGGAAUGCAUUGCAAACCUGUCCUGAUGCUGAGACUCCCAUGAGAGGUGAUGCCAGCAAAGAAGCGAUUCAUUGCAGGAAUUCAUAGUUUUGCAUCAAGACACUCAAGAAUUUGGACCAGCUUGUACGCCCUCAAGGGCUUCUAUGUGUCCAGCUUACUGUUUCUUUCCUUCACAGUCCUCUUCUCUUUCUAAUUACUAUGACAUUACAGUAAUCUGGAAUGAACUCAUUUUAUCUGAUAUUCAUCUGUACAUCAUCACUAUCACAAUUGCUAUAUACAUUAUAUUUAUUUAUUAUUAUUACUAUUAUUAUUAUAUUGUUGUUGAGGUUGGUGAACCUCAAUAAAAUGAAAAAAAAAAGCUAUUGAAAUUCAA